AUGGCAGCAAUACAAACUAUAUUUCCAGCAUUUGUUGUUCUGGUGUUAUUAUCAAUAGUUAACGGUCAACCAUGUCCAGUUGAACAAGAUCCUGUUCAGUUAGCUGAAUGUGCUCAGCUCGAUGUACAAGCAAUUAUUCAAGCUGCUAAAGGAAAUUUAAAAUUGUUCUGUAAUCUUGCCGAACGAUAUAUGGAAUGUUUUAAAACAAAAACAAGAAAUUGUAUUGGUGGUUGGGCGGCUGAAGGUGGUUUUACAGAAUUACAAAAUUUAGCUCAAUGGUGUUGUGUUAAUCCAGGCGUUGCUGAACCAGAUGAAUGUCCGUUACAUCGUAAUCCAAAAUGUUUUGCUGGUGAUGGUCUAGUUUCGAUGGUGAAUGGUGAGUAUAAACCAAUAAGUGAACUUCGAGCUGGUGAUCAUGUAUAUGUAAUGGAUUCUGAUAACAAAAUGGUUGAAGAUGAAGUUGUCAUGAUGCUUGAUAGUCAACCAAAAAAACCAGCAUUGUUUUACACAAUUGAGACAUUGACAAAUCAUAAACUUAGUUUAACUGGUAAUCAUUUUAUCGCUGUUAAAAAUCAAAAUGAACUAUUUAUUCCAGCUAAUCGCGUAAAAUCCCAUGAUAUCGUCUAUAUCAAUUUAAACGGUCAACUUGAACCAGUGCAUGUUAAAAAUGUUACUGAAGAAUAUAAAACAGGAUAUUAUACUCCUAUGACAAGUAAAGGUACAUUGAUUGUCAAUGAUAUAGCGGCAUCAUGCUAUUCAAAUGUUGUUAGUCACAAUUUAGCACAUAAUAUUCUGGCUCCAUUGAGAUGGUGGUAUUCAGUUGGAAAAUUCCUAGCCAUACGUGAACCAUUUGAACAUGUCGAGAAUGGAAUACAUUGGAUACCAAAAACGUUGUUAGAUCUAACACGAGAAUAUUUACCAAGUGUUUUAAUCGAAAGCAUCUAA